CUUUAGCGUCCUCGCUACACCUCAACAUCACCGCUUUUCCUCCCCUGAUGGCAGCCGGGUGCUUGCUCUGCCUCCUGGGUCCACCCUGGAGCUUGUUGUGGAGAUAAUUAUUUUUUCUUUACAUAUGGAAGAAACACAAAAACGCUAAAAAAUAAAAAUAAAAAAUACAACACGCCUUAGCAUGUCAUUGUGGUAUGAUGCUAAUGCUAAUGCUAGCCGAGGCUCCACAUGCUUAGUGCACGAGCCAGAAGUUGCCCUGCUGUGUGUGCACUUUGGUCGCCAGCAGCCGAUUAAUAUUGUUAUGCAUAAUGUCGAAUAUGAGUCAGUGCAUGUCUAAUAUAAUUAAAUGGAGUAUUAAUCUGUGAUUUCAGUGUUGUUAUGGCUACUUAAUACAGCUAUUUAGGCUAAACGCUGUAAAUUAUUAGCCUGAAGUUUGUUGACUUUCUUACUGAGUUGCGUCGCUUUUACAAUCCGGCCAGGUGUUUUUUUUUAAAUAAUGACAUUUAUGCCAGUAGAAUUCCUAAAUAACAAUACAAAACUGUGCGUAUUGUGCUUGAAAAGCAUUACCAAAAAUAUGACAUCGUCACCUCUUUUCCUCCUCACGUUGCAGCGUUAUAAGUACAGAACCCGAACUCCAUUGGGAAAUGUGCCAAAAUAGCGUUUCCUCCUCCUAAGUUAAGCCAUUUAACAACAACUACGCAUAAAAGCUGUUGUAUUCACUUAAAAACAACCUCACUUGUCAAUCGGCGUGGAAAUGUCAGCGAUGUUUAAAGUGUGUCAUAAAUAAGGCUGUAAAAAGGAUGUGGUUAGUUUAGCUGAUGUAGGUCACCAGCACAGUAAAACACAAGCGUUGCAAUUAAUGGCCGUCGCGCUAUUUAAUACGUCUGAUUUUUUUCCUGCAAAUACACGGCGAGCCCAGAUAUGUCGUGUUGGCAGUGAUGUUUUGCUCACUCCCAUCUUGAUUGGUUGCUGUUUUUUUUCUCUCUCUCUCUCUCUUUGAGCCUCUGAAAAACGUCUGCGUCUUUAAAUGCAAUGACGUAUCGUGGAGGCUUCAUUCCCACGCUGUGUUUUUGUUGUUAGUGAGAUGUUUCUACGGCUGCCUGUAAAAGUCUCAAAGGGGAACAGCGGUGUUGGCUAUAAUUUGGAUAUUUGAGUGAGAAGCGCAGCAUCCUGACACCUGAUUGGCCGGCUAACGUUGCUACGGCGACCGUCCUCUGAGAACAUGGCUAAACAUCAUCUUUCACAUAUGAUGGGCGAAGGGCAAAGCAUGGCAGAUUACCUAAUCAGCGGCGGCACAGGAUACGUCCCCGAGGACGGCCUCUCGGCCCAGCAGCUCUUCUCCAUCGGCGACGGCCUGACAUACAACAGAUGUGACCAACAAGCGUGCGUUGUCUCCGACGGUCAAACGGCUGAAGAGCUUUGCUCUAAAGGAGAUGGGUUGACGUACAAUGACUUCCUGAUUUUACCCGGCUUCAUUGACUUCACCUCCGACGAAGUGGACCUAACGUCAGCACUGACCAGGAAGAUCACGUUAAAGACCCCCCUCAUCUCCUCGCCAAUGGACACGGUCACGGAGUCGGCCAUGGCCAUCGCAAUGGCGCUCAUGGGCGGCAUCGGCUUCAUCCACCACAACUGCACGCCUGAAUUCCAAGCCAAUGAGGUCCGCAAGGUCAAGAGGUUCGAGCAAGGUUUCAUCACAGACCCGGUAGUGAUGAGUCCACGCCAAACGGUCGGCGAUGUACUGGCGGCCAAAGUGCGACACGGCUUCUCGGGCAUCCCGGUCACCGAGACGGGCAAGAUGGGCGGCAAGCUGGUGGGCAUCGUCACUUCUCGAGACAUCGACUUCCUGUCUGAGAAGGACAACAACAAACCUUUGGCGGAGGCAAUGACGAAGAGGGAAGAGCUGGUUGUCGCUCCAGCUGGGGUCACCUUGAAAGAAGCUAAUGACAUUCUACAGCGCAGCAAAAAAGGCAAGCUUCCCAUCGUCAACGACGACGACGAGCUGGUAGCCAUCAUCGCCAGGACCGACCUGAAGAAGAACAGGGACUACCCGCUGGCCUCCAAAGACUCCCGCAAACAGCUGCUGUGCGGCGCCGCCAUCGGCACCCGGGACGACGACAAAUUCAGGCUGGACCUCCUGGUGCAGGCCGGCGUGGACGUGGUGGUGCUGGACUCGUCACAAGGCAACUCUGUGUUCCAAAUCAACAUGAUCAACUACAUCAAGCAGAAAUAUCCUGAAUUGCAAGUGGUGGGAGGAAACGUGGUGACGGCGGCUCAAGCGAAGAAUCUAAUUGACGCCGGCGUGGAUGCGCUGCGGGUCGGCAUGGGCUGUGGCUCCAUCUGCAUCACACAGGAAGUCAUGGCGUGCGGGCGGCCCCAGGGGACGUCCGUGUACAAGGUGGCCGAGUACGCCCGGCGCUUCGGCGUGCCCGUCAUCGCCGACGGCGGCAUUCAAACGGUGGGCCACGUGGUGAAGGCACUGUCGCUGGGCGCGUCCACCGUGAUGAUGGGCUCUUUGCUGGCGGCGACCACCGAGGCUCCCGGCGAGUACUUCUUCUCUGACGGCGUGCGGCUGAAAAAGUACCGCGGCAUGGGAUCGCUGGACGCCAUGGAGAAGAGCACCAGCAGCCAGAAACGCUACUUCAGCGAGGGCGACAAGGUGAAAGUGGCUCAGGGCGUGUCGGGCUCCGUGCAGGACAAGGGCUCCAUCCACAAGUUUGUACCGUACCUCAUAGCCGGCAUUCAGCACGGCUGCCAGGACAUCGGAGCCAAGAGUCUCUCCGUGCUCCGGUCCAUGAUGUACUCUGGAGAGCUCAAGUUCGAGAAGCGAACCAUGUCUGCACAAGUGGAGGGAGGCGUUCACGGGCUCCACUCCUACGAGAAGCGUCUUUACUGAGGACCAGCGCUCCACGUGACCUUAUUUAAGAGACCAAACGUUUAACCGCCACAUCUGCGACCACCACGUCCAAACGGACGCUCCCUCCCGGGCCUCAGACCGCACCCGACGUUGGGGUGCUUUGCACUCACCAAGCGGCGCAUCAGGGUUUUUCCCCAAACAUACACACACAAGCGCACAUUAUUACAGUGUCAUAUUGUACGACAUCUUGUUUACGUUGGACCCACAUCCCAACCCUCGGCGCCGCCUACAAUCAGCAGAACCACCUCCAGCGUCCCAUCUCACUUUAAACGCAACGGGACCAAAAAGUGAAAAUCAGGUAUGUUUCCAGCAGUCAUGACUAGUUUCUAUAAAAAAAAAAAACUCCAAGAAAAGUGUACAGUCUCAAGCAAGGGGAUGCUUUGCGGAGAUCUUGAAGGGUUUUGAUAUGCACGUUUUCUUCCCCCCCCCCCCCACGGGUCCAAACGCGGCUGGAUUUUUAUUGCGCUUUGUUGUACCUGCAUAUACUGCCAAGUGUAUUUAUACGUCGUCUUUUUGUAACCUCCAAACCAAAUUUAGCGCCUGUUACCUACCGCCUGUUUCUUUUUAAAUGUUAGUUUUACCUGACAAAUGCCUUGAAUUUUUUUUUUUUUUUUUUUUUUGCACAAGAUGCUUUUUGUCUGGGUUACAAAAAACGGCGAGCCGCUGUUGUAAUGUUUAGCGUUUGGGAUUUUGUACUUGAUGAGGCCUUUUUGUAAGGCGGACUUCUCUACCAAACGUAGUACUUUUCUCUCUGUGAUGGUUCUGCUCGGCUAACACGGAGGAACCCGUAUAUCACAUGGGAAACGCUCUCCCACUUCCACAGACCUUUUUAAGCUUUAUGUGUUGAGUCGUGGAUUGAGACUCUUUACGAUUCAGUAUUUUUAUUUUUAUUUUUUGUGGGGGAGGGAGUGGAUAUACCUUGACAAAACAUGUUUACUCUGCAGAGACAGUUUUUUUUUCCUGUUUAGUUUGGUGAAACAAAUAAAGAACUUAAAAGUG